AUGGCGAAAAAAGAUAAGAAAGGAAAAAAGAACGCUGGUUAUGACUGGGACGAUGAAGAAGAAGAAGCCCAGCCAGCUUCAAUUGAUUUUGGAGCUGAACCUGCUGCCGCCACUGAACCCGCUGCUGAAUCCGCUGCUGAACCUGCUGCUGAACCCGCUGUCGAGUCUACCGGCCCACAAGAACCGGUCGCUGCUUCUGCUGACGACAUGGCUGAGGAAUUUGGCGGUCUGAUGGGCGCUCUUUCCAAGUCCAAGAAGAAGAAGGUUGCCAGAGAAGAAGCUGCUGCUGCUGAAGCCAAGGCUGCUGAAGAAAGUGCUGUCCAGAUCAAGUCCAAGAAGGAAAAGGAACGCGAAAAGAAGGAACGUGAAAAACAAAAGAAGAAGCAACAAGCCGAACAGAAAAAGGCCAGUCUCAAGGCCAUGAAUGCCGCCAUGGAAGAAAACCGUGAAAAGGCCAAACAAGAAGCUGAGCGUAUGCGACAAGAAGCUAUUAAGAAUGCUACUAGUUCCGAAGCAUCUUCCUCCACUCCUGCUGCUUCCACCGCUGCUCCCAAAAAGAAGAAGGCUGGUGGUGCUUCUGCAGCUUUGCAAAAGCGUCUUAUUGCUCAACGUGAAGAAGCCGAAGCUAGAAAGCGUGCUGAAGAAGAAGAACAAGCCCGCAUCGCUGCUGAAGAAGCCCGCGUUGCUGAAGAAGAAAAGAAAAAGGCAGAGGUGCGUGAGCGCAAGAAGCAACGUGAACGUGAAAAGCGUGAGGAGCUCCGCAAGGCCGGAAAGCUGCUCACCAAGAAGCAAAAGGAGCAACUCCGUCAUGCUGAAAUUAGACGCCAGCAACUUCUCGAGUCUGGUAACAUCAAGGUCGAAGCUCUCCAAGGCAAAGACAAGCCACAACAACAACAACAACAACAACAACAACAAUCUUCACGACCAAUUUACGAAGACAAGAAGAAGCGUCCUCAGACACCUGAGCCUGCUGCUGAGUCCAAGCCUGCUCCAUCAGAGCUUCCUAUCGACGAGCCUGUGGUUGCUGCUGUUGUUACCAUCAAGAAGGACGAAACCAAGCCUGAUGAGAAAGAAGACGAAGAGGAUGUUCUUGAUUCUUGGGAAAAUGCUCUUGAUUCUGAUUCUGACGCUGAAAAGAAGGAGGAAGAUGAAGUCAAGGAGUCCUGGGACGAUUCCAGUGAUGAAGAAGAAAAGGCUUCAGAGCCCAAGGUUUCUGAUACACCUGCUGCUGCCGCUGCUGCUUCUCCUGCUGCUUCCACCCCCAAGACCAAAACCGCCGAAGUUGAAGCUGCUGAAGAUGAACAGUCUCUUGAAAAGGCUCUUUCCCAUGCUCAAAAGAACAAGGAGCUCAUUGAAAAGAAGUACGAAGAGCGCAUCAAGGAAGCCCAAUCCCACGCAAACUCCAAGGACCUCCGUUCACCCAUCUGUGUCAUUCUCGGUCACGUCGAUACCGGCAAGUGUUGGGGCCGCGACACCCCCAUGCUCAUGUUUGAUGGUUCCCUGCGUCCAGUUCAAGAUGUUCGUGCAGGCGAUCUUCUCAUGGGUGACGACAAUACUCCUCGUACCGUCCAGCCUGGCUCUGUUAUCCAGGGCAAUGGGGAUCUUUUCCGCAUCGUUCCAGACUCGACUUCUGGCUCAGACUCUUUUGUCUGCAACGGCGAUCACGUUCUUGUGUUGAGCAUUGCUCAGAAGCCUGUUGUUGUUGAGUCUUCUGGUAACUUUGUCAUUGAGUCUAUUGCCAUUGAUUCAAAGAAACUCAUCAAAUCUACUUCUGGCUCUUAUGCUACCCGUGAGCAGGCCGAGGCUGCCAUUACUGAGUGGAAGCCAUUGAUUUGGGAAACCUCUGUUUACGAGUUCAUCACCUUCCAAUCUACCUCUCCAGAAUUGGCUGCUCUUUGCUCCAUGUACAAGCCCUUUGACAGCGUCGAGUAUGCUCAAGGUUCAGGUAAUGCCUUCACAGAGGCUGUUGCCAAGGCCUUUGAUGUUACCCCAACUCUUGAGCAGGAGCUCGAUGCUGCCAAGCUCCUUGGUGUUUCUCUUCUUUCUUCUGCUGAUCUCUCUUGCGACAAGUCUGUUGCAUCUCUGGCUGAGUCUCUUGGCAUGCUCGAGUCUAAGCAAAUCCCUGCUGCCAUUGUCAGUGCUUCUGCUGAGCACCGCAGAGCCUUCCUUGCUGGUAUUGUUGACGGCAGUGCUCUUUCUGGCGGCGCCCCCGUCGAGCACACUCUUGCUCACGUCAACAAGACCCAGAUCACUGAGGCUGCCAAUGAGCUUUUCCCUGGCAAGGUACUUGACUCUGAUAAGCUUGUUUCUGGUGUUACUGGUGAAAUUGUUUUCGAUGCUGCCAACACUCUUCACAAGCAUGACGCUCACCUUACUCACGCUUGGGAAAUCGCCAGCGACAAGCCCGAAAUCCUUGUCCAAGUCCGCCGCCUUGCUCGUUCCAUUGGUCUUCGUGCUGGUGAAGUUUCUUCUACUCUUGCCAUUUCCGGCCCUGCCAUGUCUUCUCUCAACAAGUUCUUGACUGUUGAAUCCAACAAGGUUUCUUCUACCACUUCCUCUGCUCUCUUUGACCAGGUUCUAAGCAGCUCUUGGGGCUUUGUCAUUGAGGAACUCGGUAACGGUGACUACUUUGGUUUCACUCUUGAUGGUAACUCUCGUCUCUUGCUUGGCGACUUUACUGUUUCCCACAACACCAAGCUUCUUGACAAGAUUCGUCAAACCAAUGUCCAGGAAGGUGAGGCUGGUGGUAUUACCCAGCAGAUUGGUGCCACUUAUUUCCCCAUUUCCGCCAUUGAGAAGAAGACUGAGGUGAUGAAGAAGUAUGUCAAGGUCGAGUACAAUGUGCCUGGUCUUUUGGUCAUUGAUACCCCAGGUCACGAGUCUUUCUCUAACUUGCGUUCGCGUGGUUCUUCGCUGUGUAACAUUGCCAUUCUUGUUAUUGACAUUAUGCACGGCUUGGAGCAACAGACUAUUGAAUCCAUCAAGCUUUUGAGAGACAGAAAAACACCCUUUGUUGUUGCUCUUAACAAGAUUGAUCGUCUUUACGGCUGGGAGUCCAUCCCUAACAACUCUUUCAGAGACUCGUUUUCCAAGCAGGCCAGUUCUGUUCAGCGUGAGUUCCAGGACCGCUACGAAAAGGCCAAGCUUGCUCUUGCCGAACAGGGUCUCAACUCAGAGCUUUACUUUCAAAACAAAAACGUUGCCCGCAACGUUUCCAUCAUUCCUACCUCUGCUGUUACUGGUGAGGGUGUUCCUGACUUGCUCUACUUGCUUUUGGAGUUGACCCAGACCAGAAUGAGCAAGCAGCUCAUGUAUCUUUCUACCUUGGAAGCCACCAUUUUGGAAGUCAAGGUUGUUGAAGGUUUGGGUACCACCAUUGAUGUUGUUCUUUCUAAUGGUGUGCUACAUGAGGGUGAUCGCAUUGUGUUGUGUGGCCAGAACGGGCCCAUUGCUACAAAUGUGCGUGCUCUGUUGACGCCACAGCCACUGCGUGAACUUCGUAUCAAGUCUGCCUAUGUCCAUCACAAGGAGGUCAAGGCUGCCUUGGGUGUUAAGAUUUCUGCACCUGAUCUUGAUAAGGCUGUUGCCGGUUCGCGGUUGCUGCUUGUUGGUCCUGACGAUGAUGAGGAGGAGCUUAUGGAUGAAGUUAUGGAUGAUUUGACUGAUUUGCUGGACUCAGUUGAUAAGACUGGUUUGGGUGUUUGUGUGCAGGCCUCGACACUUGGUGCCUUGGAAGCCUUGUUGGAUUUCCUCAAGGAUAUGAAGAUUCCUGUCAUGUCUAUUGGUAUUGGUCCAGUUUUCAAGCGUGAUGUUAUGCGUGCAAGCACCAUGUUGGAGAAGAAGCCUGAGCUGGCGUUAAUGCUGUGUUUUGACGUUAAGAUUGACAAGGAUGCUGAACAAUAUGCCAAGGAACAGGGCAUUAAGAUUUUCAAUGCUGAUAUUAUCUAUCACCUGUUUGACUCCUUUGUUGCAUAUCAGAAGCAGCUGCUGGAGAAGAAGCGUGAGGACAAUGCCAAUCUUGCAGUUUACCCAUGUGUGUGCCGCACCAUUCAAAUCAUUAACAAGCGUAACCCCAUGAUUAUUGGUCUUGAGGUGACUGAAGGUUCAAUUCGUAUUGGUACACCCAUUACUGUUGUUAAGAAGGAUCCCGAGACUGGUGCCAAGUUGAUUUUAGAUUUGGGUCGCAUUGUGUCUAUGGAAGUUAAUCACAAGACUGUUGAUGUUGUUAAGAAGGGUCAAGCCAAUAAUGGUGUUGCUGUUCGUUUGUCUGAUCCGACCAGUACGUCACAGCCUAUUUGGGGUCGUCAUGUUGAUGAGAAGGAUACUUUGUAUUCUCACAUUAGCAGAAAGUCCAUUGAUGUGUUGAAGGAUCCUGCUUUUAGAGAUAGUGUUCCUCGUGAUGAUUGGUUAUUGAUUAAGAAUUUGAAGCCUUUGUUUGACAUUAAAUAA